CGUCCUCCUACUUACGCCAAAAAAGAAGAAGAAAAUCCAAGUACUGUACAAAGAAAGGCGCCUGUCUCGCAACUCCACGUUAAACAGUACCGUGUCCCUUUAAAAACGUCUGACAAAAAGCCCAUAUGAUCCCCGAGCUCCAAUCACCAAUUCCUUCUGCAAAAGCAGCCUCUGCAUUUUUGUCUGUCUGAAUGCUACAGCAGCACGGGGGGGAAAAAGAUUGAGGAUAAGGCAAAAACUGAAGAAAUGUGACAAUUCAACGGUCAUUUUCAUGGCGAAGGGAAAACUGGUGCGAAAGGAGUUAUUCUUGGACUCCUUUGAGCCUCGAAACGCUGGAUCAAAAUGCUCAUAGUGGAGAAGACCACAGACUUCCCCUCUGCUGAGUUCUCCCUGGUGGAGGAUGUGGCUCUGCACUUCACCUGUUUGAUGGACAGGCUGAACGAGCAGCGCCUCUUCCAGCCUGACCUGUGUGACGUCGACAUCGUUCUAGUGCGUCAACACAGCACCUUCCCUGCCCACAAGGGCGUGCUGGCGGCCUACAGCCCUUUCUUCCACUCCCUUUUUGCGCAAAGCAAACAGCUGCGGCGGGUGGACCUGUCGCUGGACGCCCUGACCUCACAGGGCCUGCAGCAAAUCCUAAACUUCAUUUACACCUCCAAACUGCUGGUGAGCAGCCACACUGUCUGCGACGUGCUCAACGCCGCUGCCCUGCUCCAGAUGAGCGACAUCGCAGCCUCCUGUCGCGACCUCAUCAGCAGCCACUCGCUGAGAAGCACCUGCGCAGAUAUGGCCAAUCAGGAAGGGCUCAGUGGCGGUGAUCCAGCAGCUGUAGCGAUGCCCUCCAGCCAGCUGUACCCGGAGAUCAAACAGGAGUCAGACCUGGGGAGGGUGUACAAGAGGGAAGGCAGCAGCCCGUUCUCUGUUAGAGUGGAGGACGCAGGCAAGACGGCCUCCCAGCAGAAGUAUUACCAGAAGGAGGACGGGUCAGGGGGCGGGGCUAACACGGGUGUGGCCGCUUUGUGCAAAGUCGAGAGCAAUGGAGAGGAAUCAAAGACCGCAGAUGGCCACGCCUCCUUCAACAGAGACCAGAUCAUUGUUGAAGUCAACCUCAACAACCAGACCCUUAAUGUGUCUAAGGGGUCGGAGAGCAAAUCAGCAAGCAUCACUGAGGCGGCCACCAUGUUUGGUUGUUGCCACGACAACGGGAUAGAUUCAGAAGACGAUGAGGAGGACGGGGCGGAGAAUGACGACACAGUGGGAGAAGAGGAUGACGAUGAGCUGAAGAGGGGGGACAUACUGGGUCAGAGCAGCGAGGAGGAAGACGAGGAGGAAGACGAGGAAGAGGAGGAGAACUCCCUAAACAUUCCAGGCUUUGAGCAAGCGGCCAUGAUGGAUCGACCUCGCCGGGGCAGCAGAGCCUUUGCCAUGGCGGGCACAACCGCCUCCAUGCGGCAGACACUGGCAGAGGCCACGCUAGCCAACCAGCGGCAGGGCGGGAAGAGGGCGCUGGAUGCAGAGGGCCUGGGCCAGAAAGUGAGGCUGGAGGAGAAGCAACAUUUCCCGUGUAAGAAAUGCCCUCGCGUCUUCAACAAUCGCUGGUAUCUGGAAAAACACAUGAACGUCACUCACAACCGCAUGCAGAUCUGCAAUAACUGUGGGAAACGCUUCCUGCUGGAGAGCGAGCUGCUGCUGCACCAACAGACCGACUGUGAGAAGAGCAUCCAGUGUGUAACCUGUGGCAAGGCCUUCAAAAAGCUGUGGUCGUUACACGAGCAUAACAAGAUCGUACAUGGCUACGCCGAGAAGAAGUUCUCCUGCGAGAUCUGUGAGAAGAAGUUUUACACCAUGGCUCAUGUCAGGAAGCACAUGGUCGCCCAUACGAAGGACAUGCCGUUCACCUGUGAGACAUGCGGGAAGUCAUUCAAGCGCAGCAUGUCCCUGAAGGUUCACUCUCUGCAGCACUCAGGAGAGAAACCCUUCAAGUGUGAGAACUGCAGUGAGCGCUUCCAGUACAAAUACCAGCUGCGUUCCCACAUGAGCAUCCACAUCGGACACAAGCAGUUCAUGUGCCAGUGGUGCGGAAAGGACUUCAACAUGAAACAGUACUUUGACGAACACAUGAAGACACACACUGGAGAGAAGCCUUACAUCUGUGAGAUCUGUGGUAAGAGCUUCACAAGCCGGCCCAACAUGAAGCGCCACCGCCGCACCCACACCGGGGAGAAGCCCUACCCCUGUGAGGUGUGCGGCCAGCGCUUCCGCUUCUCCAACAUGCUCAAGGCCCACAGGGAGAAAUGCUUCCGCGUCAGCAACCCCAUGGUUACUGACGGCAAUGACCCCCUCGGCCUCCAUCGGCCUCUGGCCUCGCCCGCCGUGGACUCUUCCGGUCAGGUGCAGCUGAGGACGACGCUCCCCGCCACUUCUGCGACCACACCCGCUGCUGCCUCUAGCCCACACCCCCUCCAUGGCACCCAGCUGUCUCUCCCCCUGCUGCACUCCAUGGGGGGGCUGCCUCCCAGCCCUCAUUUACCCCCUCCACCUCCCCUGUUCCCUGCCGGUAGGAUGAACUCCAACAACUAACAAAUCUCUGUAGCGUCGAAAGCACUUUUGUUACUUUUGUUUUUCUUAGAGCUUUUAAAGAGGACUCCUGCAGCAGGAGAGUGAUGCACCUCAGUGACAUUUACACCGAGGAGAAACACUGACUGAAGGCUACAUGGAGGCCUCAUGAAAACACACACAUACACCUACCACAAUAAGAAAUAGUUAUUUUUUACUCUGUUAAAUACAAUAUAUAACCUCAGAGUCCAGUAGGACGUGUCGUCACCGCUUUUUUCCUCGUGAAUUUUACAACUCUGUUCUAGUUCCAUUUGGAAUCCCAUCACAACACACAUCUCCCCAGAGCCUUGCACAAUGCAUUGAUUGUAGCAUCUUUUACAAAGUAGGAGGAAGAGUUUCCUAAAUCCUCACUCAUACGGGGGUCAUCAGUCAAGCAAGAACCACACUAUGAUGAGAAAAGAUGUUUUAUUUUUGAUCAUUCUCUGCCAAGAUGUAGCGAGUGGUUCUUGUCUGACCCAGCAAUAACCAAAUGCUGAUUUGUCUCUGAGCAUAUACAUGUAUAUGGCAUUGCCAAUAACCAAAUCCUGUUAGCUCACCUGCUAUAGUUAGAUAACGUUAUACAGCAUUUAUAAUCAAUCCUGCACCUUACAUUUAACUCUAGUGAUAUUUAAGAUGUACUCCUAAUUGUCUCCAUUUUUAUAAUUGUAAUAGUGUGUAAUCCGUGGCACGUUACGUCAAUUUGUAAGGAUGUGUGAGAAGUUGUGAUGCGUGGAGAGUCGACCGUGCAAUGCAGUGUGUUGUGUUUGUGACGGUGUGUGUGUGUGAGAUGUGAGGCAGAGUCAUGAGAUGAGGAUCUUCAAAUCUACGUUA